GUUGCUCUCAUCCCGCCCGCCGCGCUUUGCAUCCCACUCGCCGCGCCUCGGCCCCACCUGAGGUAUCCACUUCCACCUACCUUACCCACCCACCUGCACGCGGCUGGCAUUGGCACGCGAAUGGUUGCUGUUUGCAAACCAUCACAACAACGAGACCUACUUACCCUACCUUAGGACUUACCGCUACCUACAACACGAACGCGUCGCGAGAAUAUCGGCUGGGCUGAGCGUGACGCGUGUCGAGUGGACGCGCGGAUUGUGGAUUCCCUUCCUUCGACAAACACCGUCACCAUGGCUUACCGGCCGCAGUCACCUGACCUGGCAGGCCUGAUCGCAGAGCCGUCCGGCGGCGGCUAUCUGCCGACCAGUCCACAGCUCCAUGCAGGUGUCGGGGAAAUUCCCGUUAUUCCACCCUCGACGUCCUUUUCGCAUCAUCAUCAACAACACUUCCAACUCCCACAUCAACAACAACAACAACAGCAGCAGUAUCAGCAACAACACCACCACCACCAACAACAACAACAACAGUACCACCACAAUCUCCUCCACAAUCUCCACCACCAACACCAACAACAACAUCAACUCCUCGUGGGCCACCCUGCAAACGACUUCUCCAACUACCAUCCACCAGUCACUUCUGCUCCACAGACAUCGCCGCCCUACCAUCAUCCGCAAUACCAGCCAGCACCCCCAAUGCCACCCUCGACGCGCCGAAAGCAAGUCAACUAUGCAGAGCCGAACGACGACGAUGACGAAUUCAUGCCCGAUGCGCCUGCGCCCAAGAAAUCCAGACGUGUCAAACAGGAGCUGCCCGACCAAUUCCAGAAUGGCCAAUUCGAGCCCAUACUCGCUCCUGCACCCAUCAAGUGCGAAGGCACCAUCAAGAAAGAGGUCAACGGCGACCCCACAUUGGGCUGCCAGCUCAAGACAUCCUUCCCCGUGGCACGCAUCAAGCGCAUUAUGCAAGCAGACGAGGACAUUGGCAAAGUCGCCCAGGUGACGCCCACCGUCGUCAGCCGAGCAUUGGAGCUGUUCAUGAUUAAGCUCAUCUCCGCCGCUGCACACGAAGCGAGGGGGCCCGAAGCUGCAAAUGGAACAACAAAAGGGCCGCGCCGGGUCCUGGCUCAGCACUUGAAAAGAGCAAUACAAGCGGACGAGCAGCUGGACUUUUUGGAAGAGCUGACUUCAAAGGUGCCCGAUGCGCCCGUGAAAGCCAAGAAAGAGGCUGCCAGUGAUUCAGAGGAUGCCAAGCCCAAGAGAAAGGGGAAAAAGCGCAAGGACUCGGGCGAUGACUUCUGAAAGAUACGUGCAUGUCGGCAGAGGUGCCGACCGAUGAUGUAUCCUACUGGGUAGCGCGACUGCUGCUAUUGGUGUCAAAGGGGGACUCGGCUCUACCCAUGUCAAGGCGCAGUGCCGUAGCUGCGGCAGAUGUCUACCAAAAGAUGGCAGUCGCCAGAAGCAUGCGCUGGGCGGCUUCGUCACAGAGAGCAUUUCCUGCUUUGCUGAGUCGAAGAUGAGAGAUUGAUGCACCUGAGGACGAGAAACGAAUGCAGGUGACGAGGAACGGAUGCAUGCGAGGAUGAGAGACUGGGAUGGGUCGCAUUGCUGAGCUAGCACCACCACCACCAUCACCACAAGUAUGACGAACGACAUCAUGACCGGGCCUGCCAGAUGGUUGAGACUGCUUCCGCAUUGAUGAUGCCGCGAUGGAAACCUGCUGCAAUUGUCACGAUCGCUCGAGAUGUGACACACGGUUGAGUCUCCGUUCGAAUAGUGGGGUCCCACGUUCUCGAGGUCGUGUGCACUGCAAGUGUAAGCCCAUGGAGAAUACCUCGCUGCUGCCGGGUGGUUGUGCGCAGCAGUUCUGUAUCGAGGAGCGUAGCGGCACAGCUCAUGUGAGGGGCGAUACUGAUGAGUAUCUCGCUGGCAAGAAUUAGGUCCUAUCAUGUUCAUAGUAUGGCUCGCGUGACCAUGCCUCACUCCUUUAUAGUGUGGAGUCUGUUCGAUCCUCCUCUCGCCCGUCCCCACCACCUCUCUGUCAUUGCUCUUCCCACUGGUCGACACUCUACCUGCUGCCAGAUUGUCAGUCGAUACAUGUCCUUGAGACCACUCGGCGAGACUCGUCCCCCGGGAUGGACCAAUCCCC